GUGAAUUCGCCGAUGGGAACCACCCACGUCGGUAGCACCGGGUUAGAAGCUGUAGUUAAACCACAGAUUCACCAACACGUGCAGACGGAUAGUCGCUGCUUAGCCAGGUUCUUUAUUUAGUUUCAGGAAUAUUAGUAGCGUAGUAAGAAUGGCGGCUGAUGGCCAACAGAAUUUAGGGGGCUCAGAUUCACACGAUCCCGGUAAGAUGUUUAUAGGCGGACUUAGUUGGACAACUACCACAGAUAAGCUUAGGGACUACUUUGCCAAAUACGGAGAUAUCAGUGAAUGUGUAAUUAUGCGAGAUCCUAUAACCAAACGAUCAAGGGGAUUUGGUUUUGUAACAUUUUCUGAUCCUAACUCCGUCAACAAUGUCUUAGCUGAGGUUAAACACGAAGUAGAUAGUAAAAAGGUUGAUCCUAAAGUGGCAUUUCCCAAACGUGCUCAUCCGAAGCCAAUAACAAGGACGAAGAAAAUAUUUGUUGGGGGUUUGUCAACAUCAACGACAGCAGAAGAUAUGAAGAAAUAUUUUUGUCAAUACGGCAAGGUAGAAGAUGCUAUGCUAAUGAUCGACAAAACAACUAACAGACAUAGAGGUUUCGGUUUUGUAACGUUUGAGAAAGAAGAAUCUGUAGAGAAGAUCUGUGAACAACAAUUUCAUGAACUUAACAACAAAAUGGUUGAGACGAAGAAGGCCCAGCCGAAAGAGGUUAUGCUCCCUCAACAAAUGGCAAGGGGAAGAGCAAUGCUGAGAGGUGUGUAUGGGCCUAUGCCUUACCAUGAUGGGGAGAUGUUAGUGGAUGUUGGUACAGGCCUCAUCAAUGGACAGUACCUAGCAUAUCCGACCAACUUCGCUGCAAUUGGACGAGGAUACCCACAUUAUUCGGCAAUUCCAUACUUUGGUGGCUUUGCAUCGUACCCACCUGGCAGUUACGUUUUACCGGCCGGUGUUGCGCAAACUACAGCCGACCGUCGUCCAGGAGCACUGCCAUAUUCCCUGCCUGAUUAUGGCACAGCUGGCCCUGCCCAGCGCACUGCUACAAUCCAGCGGACUGAUGCAGGUACGCUGCUACACGAGUUAGGGCGGGACUACCAUCAUCAUCAGGUUAUGAACAGCUAUGCACCGGCAGGAUUUGCCCAGUCACCCUCUCCACUAAGUGGACGUGGAUUCGGGGCAACUAGCAGCCCAGGACCCAAUGAUAUCUACGCCAGCUCAACAGCCCAGGAUAGCAUUCUUGGUGGAAGGUUUCAGCUGGCUCCCAGUCCUCAGCCAUCAUCUUUUGGCUUAGACAUGGGACAGAAGGGCACUCUGAUAACGUCUUUUCCAAAUGGAUACAUCCAAUAAGCUGACAUCAUGUGGAGACUGCAAAUGGUGGACCGAAUUCAGGUUAUCUGUCUGGAAUGCAGGGAGGACGAUUGUAAUGAGUUGAGAUUAAUGAAAGUUGAAAGAAAGUUUGAGACAGAAAGGAGAAUUCAGAUCAACGUGCAGUUCCAUCAUUCAGUAUCUCCUUCAUGCCAAAGGAUAUAUACAGAGACGCAAUUCAGGGAAAUAGAAAAUUAUUGUCUGCAGGGAUGGAGAUAAAAAGAAAGCAAGCACCCAAACACAUUCACAACACCGAGUAUAGUGGCAAUAGAUUUGUGGUGGCACGCAACUGGAUCAAGAGUUGCGUGUACUACACUUGCGUGAAUUAUGCACAUGCACUUAUAUAUGUGCAUCUGGAGAGUAUAGCAUCUUGUAAAUUUAUUCCAGUAAACUGAGGAGACCUGGUCAUGUGAUCAAGUUUAGUCAUCACUUAUUGGUUGUAUGCAUGUUGACCUUUUUCCGUUUCAAGAGUUUUUUGCCAAAAUUCUCAGUGUGUAAAGUAGUAGUCCCAAGCAAAUCAGUAAAUAGUAUGUCGUUUCGUUCCUGUUUUUCUCCCAAACUUGUAGAUAUAUACUGUUGGUGUGACAGCCAUAUGGAUGGUGUUAAAUUUUCUCGGUGUUUUGAAGUGUAUUUUCUUAUAACUUUAUUUAAUUUGACUUAAGCAAAAAAAAAGAGUUUCUCUUUACUUUUAACUUCAAAACGUGGUAUUAAGUGGGUUCCAGUUGUAUGCUCUGUUGUAUAAUGAGACCUCUAUUAAGGUUUUAUUAUAGGUGACAUUUUAACAACUAAUUCUUUAGUAGUAGUUUUAGUCUUUUAACUAGUAUUAAUUGUAAGACUCAUUCUUUUCUUUUGCACAAUUUUAAUCGCUUUAGCAUUGUCAUGUAGAUUAAGUUUAUUUAAGGGUAUAUCGUAAUAAUAUUAUAUAUUAAUAAAUACUGAAAGUUUUGCAUACUUUCAACCAAUUUUUAUUUUUGUUCCAUUUUUUGUGCCAACUGGAAUCCAAAGAAAAGAGAGACAAGUCUAUUUAAAAAAACUAGAAUUAGCAUUUGGACGUUGAAGGUGAAUGUAUUUUGAAGAAAAAGUUUACUUGCAAUACACAAAUUGUUAACCUUUAAACCUGUACUUAUUUAAUAUAAUAAAUCUGGACUACACAAUAUGCGAUAAAUAUAUAAAAAUUGUUAUGUAAGCAUUUUUUUUCUUUUUACAAACGCUUGUAUUUUUUUUUUUGUUUCCAUUGCAAACAAAAGUCGUGCUGUAAUUAUGUAAAUUAUUUGAUGUAUUCUGCUCUGUGUUUCUAGGUAGAUAUCUGUAGAACCAUAAUUUGCAUGCGUGUAUCAGGACAAGAUAAUAGACUAUUAUGUUUAGUUGGUAGCAAAUUUCACUUUUAUCUGUAAUAAUAUUUAGCUCUCUGUACAGUUUUGUUGGAAGAAGAAUAUGUUAUUGCAGUGUUACAUCAGUUAGUAGAAGAAGAGUAAGCAAGAACAAUCAAAUUACGAUAUUGGUAGAUAAUUAAAUUGUAUUGCCAUUUUCGUAGGUUAACAGUGAUAGAUAUUUUACAGUACACAAACUCUACUGCAGUACAAGUUCUGUGUUUGUACCUCGUAGAUAGGUAUGUCUGUUACACUUGCCUAUAUCGGGUAAGAUUUUAAAUUACCAAAGAAAUUGUAUUGGGCGAAAUUCUCAAGAUUCCUAAAGAAUCGAUUCAGACGCCACAUAAUAAUAUAAUUGUACAUACAGAAUGAUAGUCUAUCUAUCCAGACACAGAAUUUCACUCCAAUCAAAUAAUAGUCUGGAUACUAUAGACUUGUAAUGCAUUGAUGAGUUAAGUAAAAAUAAAUAAAAUGGUGUCAGCGCUCUAUUUACCCUUUUUCAUUUGGAAUUAGUUUUGUAAAUAAAUAAUUUCAGUACAUUACAAUUUAUUGUAAAUGAAAUGUACAAUUUACCAUUUGUAUCCCAUCAUAUUAGGACAAUAGGGUAAAGUGGUAUUGUAUUAUCUUUUUUUUCACAAUAAUUUAUGUAUUUUGCAUCCCUAUUUUUUUGGGGAGAAUUAAAAAUGAUUUUUAAGAAUAAUUUUUCUUUAUAUAUUUUCAAUUAUAAUUUAACACAAAUUUUCUCAAGUCAAUGUUUUACACAAGUAUCUCUAACACAGUAUUUUUUUAUCCUAUGCUUUAUCUCUCAUUUUGUGUUUAGAUAUUUGGUACUCAUCUCCAAUCCUGAUUGUCACUUUUUAUUUAAUAGUUUAGACAAAUGUAGAAUUAGUUAACUGUAGUUUAAGUGACUAGAAUAAGAAUCAACGGUUUUAUUCAGUUAAGUUGGCAUUCAAAGGAAGGUUAAGAUAAUUAUGCAACAGAGGUUAGUAACAGUAUGACUACUGCCCUCACCCCUUGUAAUCCGGGAUCGUUUCUAGCAACAUAGUUAUUCUGAAGUGCUUUUACUGUACAGCAUGGGAAUGGCUAUGAUGGAAAAUAUAGACCUAUAACUCAGUCUAGCUUCAUUUUCAAUGAAGUAUGCUAUUUCACUUUUUCAAUUUAUAACAUCAGAAUAUAUAUAUAUAUAUAUUCAUAUAUUUAUAUGUAUAUCUCACACUAUUUGACUUUACUGUAUAUACUAUUCAGUGGUCUGAUUUAUUUUUUAGACAAAGUAUACCCUAGUUAAGCUAAAUUUACAUGAGACACGAUAACGACACAACGACGACAUAUCGUCACGUGGUUUGUAUACACUGCGCACAUCUGUAUCGUGUCGUGGUCGUGUCAUUAUCGUGUCUAGUGUAAAUUUAGCUUUAUAGAAAUUUCGGUAUAAGACCCUUGCCUGAAACAUUGACCCAUCUUUGAAUGCUGCUUAACUGUUAACAUAGAUAAUAAGGAUUUUGUUAGUAAUUUAAUUCUUUCGUUUUGUGGGAGCUAUUUGGUAUGUUGUAUGUAAAUUAACACUUAAUUGUAUUGUAGUUUAGAAAAAUUAUCUCGGAUAAUGGUUUCGAGCAGUGAACGUAAUAUUGACAGCUCAUGGGAUUUUUAAUUAGGUGAUUGGAUGGGGUGGGGUAAGAUUUAUAUCAAUGUCAUUGUUUUAUUCCAAGCAGUGUACAUCAUGUUUGGAGGUGAUCUUCACCGUUUUCUCAACAUAUUUAUGUUAAGGUAUUGGUUGUGAAUUUGACAUGGUUGGCUCGUUGUGUACCCCAGCAUGAUAGGUGUUUGAUGUAAAUUAAUUGUCCAAAAUCUGGCAAUUCAAUUUUAUCGUAUCAGUCUAAUUUUUCUGUUGAAAUUCAAAUCGGAUCUGUUUAUCAGCUGUAAUUUGCAGUAUAUUGAACCACCCUAACCUUGAUUCUUCAAUGUUUUUGUGACAGUAUGUAAUGUGGUAGAAAUUGUACAACUUUCUGGUGAUUUUCAAUUUCAGAAAAAAUAUCUCAUAUCUUAAAAAUUAAAAUGAUUAAUGGGUUGUACAUGUCCACUGUGAACAGCGAACAACCCAUUGUCCAUGGUGCUUGUUUUGGCGGGAAACUAAAAUCGUGCCUACGUAAAACAAUAAUAGAGUUAGAUCUUGUUCACAAUAGCAUUGUUAUGUUAAAAUCUUGUUAGAAAGUACUGGUUAGAGGGUUAUUUUACAACAAAAGGCAGAACCACCUUUAGUUAAUUUCAUGCUAUAUGUAAAUGUAUUCCUGAACUGUUUUACACAUGUAUAAAUUUGAUGCGAGAUUGAUCUUAAAAUUGAUCAAACAAGAUGCAGACAUGACUAACAUGUCUUCAUUUGGGCAAUGUUAUCAAAAGUUUUGCCACCUAUAUAUACAUUAUGUAAAUAAGAUGGACUGAAUAAUUGAUCAACCUUUUAACCCAUUGUAUGAAGUGAUAUGUUAUUGCCUCAAAUAUCAAGGAUUGUGGGAGUGUAGAAUUUUUGUGACACGAAAUGUUAUUCGAUUUAGAAUUAUAAUUAGAACCUAAAAUUAGAUGAUAAUUAAAUAAUUUAAUGAAAAUCAUGGGGUAUAACAACCGAAAGAGAAUUAUGCAUUAUUGACAAUUAAUAAUUAUGAUGUAUUUUACCUACUUGUACAUAAGAGUGCAGUUUUUAUGUCCUACGGUACAUCAAACUGUGAGGGCGCUAUAAAUGGAAAUGCAAUGAAAGAAGUGGACUGAAUUAUUUUUCAAAUCAGUUUCUAGGUUUGAGUUGUCGGUAGCAUUGUGCAGAUUGAGGCCGUAGUAUUUAAAGUAGCCAGAGUUGAUAACUUCUUGGAAUAACACGUUCUACUGUCAGAUCCAACCAUGAUUUAUGUUAUGCCUAAGUACAGUGUUCAGAUAGGCCUUUGUUGGCACUGUUUGAAUUGAUAAAAUGGCAAAGAUGCCUUGAAACCAAAUGCAAAAUACCUCUGAGGCAUUAUUUGUCAGUUUACCGAUUCUGACUUGGACAUAAGAUAAUAUGGAUGAUAGAAUGUGUUAUAGCCAAUGUUGUCAUACUUACUUGAGUGUAGUCACGUUAAAUUGUACAUCAGUCCCUGUAAACAUUGCCACACCACUGUAUUGUCAAUCCACACUUUAGUGUAUAAACAUCAUAUUUUAUGCGGAUCUAAUAUAGCAAUAAUUUAGGUGGAAAAAUGACAACCCACGCUGUGGCAAUAUUUGCGGCGAGUAUAGUGUAAAAUAACCACAAGGACCUGUUUGAAAGCGUGUGCAAUGCUUUCAAGCCUAAAUUGGACCAAGUUGUACAGUGAAUAAAAAUAUCACAGAGGCUUCAUAAUAAUAUUUUGCUAUGAACUUUAAAGACAAACUAUCGCAGCUUGUAGCAGCCUCUGCUUACUAGAUAUGUUUAAUGGUUUUCCAACAUGGGCAAUUGGUUUCGCUGGCAAAAUGCAUCGAUAUAUAACAAAAACGGAACAACCUCAAAGGUAGCAUAAGACCCUUGUACUUUAUUUUCUUCUAUUUUUGGCAUAUUUAAAGAUAACUGAAAAUAUGUAUCGGAUUGUUUCGUGUGAAGCCAUGUUUUUUCUAAUUUCGAUGUGAUAAAAUAAUGUGAGGUAAUUUUUAAUGCAAUGUGUUUAAUGACUAAACAGCUGGCGUGCUCCAGUUGGCAAUGUUACGACGACUGGGUCUGCAUGUAUUGUAACAAACCGAUGUAAUCAAUAUUUAUCGAUUAUUAUUGAUUAUGGUAACCUCUUGUCCUACGGGAUGAGUAUUUUAAAUGAUCGAUUUUCAAAUUAAACUCAAAUGAGCUGAAUAUUGUACAAAGCUGACAUUUUUAUUACAAAUUUCAAUUGUUAGGCCUCCGAAUUACGGUUGCUUAAUUGUAUACCUGUGGGCCUAAGUAAUUUUUAUUUUGCGCCUUGAUAUGUUUUUCUUUUGCGUGUUUUCUCUUAUUUUAUUUCCGUGUUUUCUCUUUUUUGAGAUGGAAAAUGAUUUAUGGAAUGCUCAUUGAGUCGGUGUGUGAAUUAAGAUAAAAUGGAAUACAAUAUUCAAAACACUAUUUGUACAAAUAAUGACAAAGCAUUCAGCAGCCACGUGGCAUUGCUGAACCAUAUUGACACAACGUUAUUAAAUCGGAAACUUGACAGUGCAAAAACACAAA